AUGGGACCUGACCAGUCUGCUGCCCUCCUCGAGGGCCGGCGCAUCUACCUUGGCAACUUGCUCUACAGUGUCCAGCCGGGUGAAAUCGAAGAUGCGCUCAUUAACAACGGCUUCGGAACCUAUCAAGAUAUCCACAUAUCCAUAGACCCGGUGACCGCCCGCAACCCGGGCUACUGUUUCGUUGACUUCCCAGACCGCGCCACCGCCGAGCACGCUCUCACAUCCCUCCACACCAGCAUCCGCGGCAGGCCCUUGAAGGUGGGACCCUGCGAGCCUAAAAAGCAGAAUGCGAGCGGCGGAAAUAGCAGAUGGAGAAAUAGCAACGAUCCUGGCAGGUCGGAGCCCGCCUUCAAAAGAUGGGGCAACUGGUCUGGGCAGAGAACCUCGUCCUUGAGUGACGCCAGUGAAGAGGGCAAGGAGGCGCAGAUCGGUAUUACGAACAAGCGUGGCAUCGAGCAAGGACCGUACGGGGCCAUUGAACACUUUAACGAGACACUCGCAACGGGCGGCCGGCGGCUCUAUCUCGGCGGGUUGGGCCAAAUGAUCAACCAGCAGCACAACCAGGACGAAGUGCGAGAUAUUCUGGCGGGCUUGAACCCUAUCGCCAUCAGUAAACGCAUCACCCCGCACCCGUCCACGGCUAGCAUGCCGGGGAAGCACCAUUACUGUUUCGUUGACUUCGCAACAGCCCAAGAAGCUUCCAACGCCGCAAAGGCGACAAAUGGGAGAUUCUGGGCCGGCGGACGCCUGCGCGCCAGCAUUGCCAAAAAGAUCCCGGACACGCUCAGAGAGCGUGCCGUCCCGGCGAAGGACAAUGCGGCUUGGCAGAAGAGGGCUGCACGCGAUGAUCCACUCCGGGCGGGCCAGCAGUCUUCAUGGCGCAAACAUUCUACUAACGACCAAGAUGGCGGCGGGACCUCUCAACGCAUAUCAUCUCUUGAAUCUGCAAGUUGGCGUUAG